AUGCUCCAGUACACCCAGAAACGCGUCCAUGGAAUCCAGGACCUGGAGAGAAAGUUGAACGAACUGGGAUACAGAGUGGGCAUUCGGGCAUUGGAUCUGUUGGUCUGGCGGGACAAGAACAGCAAACGUGAGACCAGGGUGCUCGGGAUGUUGUAUUUCAUCCACACGACGGUGUGGAAAACGAUGUUUGGAAAGCAGGCGGAUUCGCUGGAGAAGAGUACUGAGAAUGAGGACGAAUAUAUGAUCUCAGAUAAUGAUCCAAUGGUGUCGAAAUUCAUUUCUGUGCCCAAGGAUGUGUCGCAACUGAACUGUGGAGCCUUCAUGGCCGGAAUUGUCGAGGCCAUCAUGGAUGGAUGCCAGUUUCCAUCGCGGGUGACAGCACAUACGGUGCCAAUAGACGGAUACCCGCUGCGGACGACUAUUCUUAUUAAGUUGGAUAAGGAAGUGCUGGAGCGCGAGGAGCAACUGAAAUGA